UCUAGUGCUGGAAAUUAUUGACUAUGCCUCCAUCGUAGCCAUGGUUGCUGCCGACUAUGCUUUCUAAGGCCGUCGCAUCGAGAUCUACUCGCGCUUUAUUGUGCCCCCGCGCAGUCCACGCUUGAGGAUCAUUACCAGUAGAAUGAAGGCCGACGCUACCACCCUCUCCGACCGACGGAUGCGCAUGGGGGCGUUGCGCGACUUGCGCUUGCCGUGUGGACCGCGGGGGCGUCGCCGUUGUCACGCGCCCGCCGUCUACGCCGCUGGAGCUGCCGUCUCUCUAAUCUGCCUGUUGUCCGCCCGGUGCAUCUCCGCGCAUCAGAUGAACGAGUACGCGCCGCCGUUCCUCGACUUCGACUUCGGCGACUCGGACAAGGUGUGCGGCUCGUGGCCCGGCGAGUACAUGGAUCUGCACGCGCGAAUCCGCCAGGCCAAUAAAGACGCCUACGCGGCUCGCCUCCAGAGCGAAGCCGCCGCCGCGUCUGCCGCUCGGUCUGCCGCCGCCCCCUCCGCCGCGGCUCCCGCCGCACCGGACGGCGCGGACGCCGCCGCUGGAGGCGCCGCUGCCGCCGCCGCAGCGCCGCCGUCCGAAGCGGCGCCGCCGUACGACCCGUCAAUUAGGUUCCUAACUUUCGAGUGGCUGAACGGGUGCGGCGGGUACGGGGACGUGCUAGUAGGCAUAGUGGCGGCGUUCGUCGUCGCGGUCUUAGACAACCGCGCCUUUAUCAUCCGCCACGCGUGCCUCCCCGCGGCGUUCCAGCCCAACUUAAUCGACUGGGUGAUUUCCCCGGACGUGCCGCUAGAGCCGUCGCGGUUUAUAAACGGCCCGCAGUCUUGGACGGGGCGGCCCGAGCCGGCGACACCGGGGGAGGUGGUAUUUGUGGAGCUGCGGAAUAAGUACGUGGAGUUAGAGCCGUAUUUCUCGAAGCUGAACAACGCGACGAACGUGCGCAUGGCGUCGAACCGCGGCGUGCUGACGUACUUGCAGACGCGCGCCGCGGGGUCGUGGGCGCAGCGGUUCAGCCAGAGCGGCAUGCGGCUGCCGUACGCCGUGGGGUGCUUCCUGCGGUUCCUCUUCACUCCGCGCCCAGAGGUGCAGGCCCUGCUGCGCGGGUUGGAGCAGCAGCUGCGCGCGGGCAUGGCGGGGGAGGGCGGGCAGAUGCGCAGCGUGGCGACAGUGGGCAUCCACAUCCGCGUGAAGGACGGCUUCGUGUGGGACGGCAAGUGGGGCGACGGCGACCCCAAGCUGCUCAAUGAGGAGCAGGUGGCGUGGCUGGGGAAGGAGGCCAAGGAGUGGAUCGAUUGCGCACAGAAAGUGGAGUCCUACUGGUUCCCUUCCUCUCUUGCCGUGCGCUGGAUGCUCAUCACCAACUCAGCUCAGCUCAAAUACGCGAUCAAAUCUCAAUUCCCCGACAAGGUCUUCACCACUGGAUUCGUGCCACGUCAUUCCAACAAUCUGGGAGCAGUUGACACUGAAGCCUCUCGUCGCCCGGCUGGCAUCAUAUCCCCAGAUGCUGAGUACACUGACGCCAACCUCAACAUGACCACUGCUAACACCAAUGCCACCAGCACCACCAUUGAGAGCGACAAGCAGGAAGAGGCUCGGCUGUUCCAGGAGGUAGUUACAGAAUGGUUACUGCUUGCAUCGUGCGAUGCGUAUGUUGUGUCCGAGUCUGGGUACUCGCACACUGCUGUGUUCUAUGCAAGAAGACCCAUGGCAGCCUUUCAGUAUGACAGGUGUGAUCCAGAGUUACCAGUACAGACAACUGUCAUGGGACAAUCUUGGAGUGGGAUUUAAAUGUUGUACAUUAAUGACUCUUGCAGGUGUGUUGGUACUGCUAGUUAUGUCCGCAUAUGUGGAAUGAGUACAGCAGACAUGA